UCCAGUCUGAAUAGAACAUGCUCAAGUACUUGGAUUGAGAGAGCUAUAACGCAACACCACAGCGUUUUUCUGACCUUUUAGCGAGGUAUUGCACUAUAUGAUCUCAUCUGAUGAAGGAGGAGAACACUGUUGAUCUUACUCAGCCUUUGUCCACCGGCCCCAGUGCCUUCAUUCCAUCUGAAGUGAUACUGGAUGAGGUGCCAGGGCAUGAUGUGAUGAAAGAACCUCUGUUGAAAGUCAGUCAUACUGACCAUGUUACCAUGGUAAUGGGGUUGCAUCCUGCCUACCUGCACUGCUUUCUGCACACCCAGAAUGCUCUGCUUCAGCCUGAUGGUCCCUUGCCACUGUCAUGGCGACACUACAUUAUCAUCAUGGCCACGGCACGGCAUCAGUGUUCAUACCUUGUGCAGAAACACAGUUCAGCAUUCCUUUCAGCCGGUGGUGAUGAUCACUGGCUUAGAGGCCUUCACUUUGCCUCUCCAAAAAUCCAGCGUCUGCAGACACUCAACAAGCUUCUCGCUCACCGUCCAUGGCUCAUCAGCCAGGAACACAUCAAAGAGCUGGUGUGUCCAGGUGCAGAGCCUUGCUGGUCAUUGGCUGAGCUUAUUCAAGCCGUGGUGCUCCUGAGCCAUGGGCAUUCUCUGAGCUCAUUUGUCUUGGGCUGUGGGAUCCUCCCAGAGCCUCACUCCUCAGCUGAACAACACUCUCAGCCACAUUCCCCUGUGGCACACAUCUCCCAGGGCCCUAUCCCUGCCCACAGGGCCAGAACCCAUCAUCGGGAGGUGCACCUAUCUAACUGUGCCUGUGGACAAAUACUGAUUCAAUUAGAUGUUUGUAUGAAGGUCUCUAAUUUGGGUCUGUGCCUCCUUGCCCAGUUGACUGAGGCUGUCAAUGAAGUACAGUUGUUAAUGGAGAAGAUGAUGAUGGUUCAACAACAAGAAGAAGAAUUCACUCAGGAGGAGAUGGUGACUCGCUUUGAGAGGGAAAGGACAGAAAGUUUACUGGAACCAGCAGAAGUGGUGUGCUCUGCGCUCCCUGAUUCUGUCUCACAUUUUGUUCAGGAUCCAGAUUUCAUUUAUCAGGACUUCUGUCCACGAGGAGAACAGUCCCCUCCAACCUUGAGAGCUCAGGACUACUCAUGGGAGGACCAUGGUUUCUCUCUGAUGAACAGGUUGUAUGCAGAGAUGGCUCAGUUGCUGGAGGAGAAGUUCCAAGUGGUGUGUGCUCUGACAUACCACACCAUGGCCAUGCACACAGAUGUGGACACAUCCACCCUCCGCAAAGCACUCUGGAACUAUAUACACUGCAUUUAUGGCAUCAGGUAUGAUGAUUAUGAUUAUGGCGACGUCAACCAGCUUCUGGAGCGUAGUCUGAAGGUGUACAUAAAGACAGUUGCCUGUCAUCCAGAGAAGACCACAUUUAGAAUGUACUCCUCUUUCUGGAGACAGUUUCAUCAUUCAGAAAAGGUACACGUGAACCUGCUGCUGAUGGAGGCAAGACUGCAGGCAGCUUUGCUCUAUGUACUCAGGGCCAUCACCCGUUACAUGACAUAACAUUCACAUACACAGACGUUCACGCACAUGCAUUCACAAAUGCACAAGUACAUGUAGUCUGUAAGCAAUAAAAUAAUAAGUUGGAACAAAAUAAGAAUAUUAAAACCCUAGAUUUGGUCUCACACACUCUGAGUCUCUUACACUAUUGAUAUACAAGCAUUAGCACAUAACGCACUACUGCAAGGACAGUGUAGUCUGUCGUGUAAACAUGCAAAUUAACCUUAGUUUCUUCUAUCUUUUUUUUCUCUCUCCCCCCAAUGUAAUGGUUUUUUGGCUGCUGUUUGGUUGUGGUUGCCAUUGGGGAGAAGGGCAGGUGACUAAAUCUUCUACCAGUGAUACUUUUUUUUUUUUUUUCUUUUCUUUUCUUCUUUUGUCAUGCUGUGAAUGUAAAUCUUAUUUAAGUACAUUAUUCUCUCCAGUCUCUGAAUGUACAGCUUAGAGAGGCACUGCGCACACUGCUGCCCGUCUUGUAUGGUACUGAUCUGCUGCACUGUAUGCAUUGUUGGGGGAGGUGGUUGACCACUUUUGUUUGUUCUUGGUGGAAUGUCAUGUAAUUUUAUGUCAAAUAAAAUAUUUUUUUUUUA